AUGUCCGACGAAACAGAGCAGUACCCCAUCACUUCGGUUAUCAUUGUAUCUGACAAGAAUAAAUGUCCUCGAGGCUUUCAACCGAUAACUCGAGCUUAUGACGAUCAGAGCGAUGCGGACUUGUGGAAAGAAGGUGGUUUUGCCUCGUUUUGGUCACGUCCAGUUCGUUACCUUGCUGUAAGCCGAGAAUCGCCGGCUAAUUCAGUUGGUGUUCAUGUUGUGAUGGAUAUUUGUAUUAUAAAAGAGAAUGAUCCAGUACCAAGUGGUUUUACUGCCGUUGACUAUACUGCCGAUUCUAGUAAGGAGGAAAAGUCUUUGCGGAAGAAAUGUUUAUGCAUACGCACACUUCCGCGAGAAAAUGCUACUGAUGCUGUUGGUGAAAUUAUAAUUUUGAAUAAAACGAAGAAGCCUCCAGUUAACUAUUCUUGUGCAGGCGAAGUUGAUGGAGCUUACAUUUGUUUCCGACAUGUAGUAAUUCCAGCGACGUUUGGCCUCGCCAUUCCCGACCGUAAAUCAGGCGGUUUAUACCCAUCUAUUAACCCUUCAGCACAUAACCUGUCUGAUCCGCAACUCAGUUUGUCAGCAAGAAGUGAAGCUCCAGUCAACGCUUUGACUAUUCGAGCUGGUGAUAUUCGAAAGAACAUUAAGGAUAUACCCUUUAAACUGCAUCCAUUAAUUGAAAGUAAUUGCGCCGGUAACAGAGUAGGUUUUUUCACUUUUUUACUUCUUUCUGGAAGUGUUACGACCUUGAUGUUCACCUUUAAUUUUCAGGAAAACUUUUUACCUGAAAUCAAGUCAUACACACGUGACAUGCUGGACAACUUGUACCGCUACGAAUUUACUAUAGAAAGAGAUGCUGUAAGGAACUAG